AUGGCAUCUUCGACACAAGUUGAGGUCCCUACGUCGUCCCUCCAGGUGGAGCCGCGUCUGGAGGAGGUGGCCGAGGUCCUGCCGGCUCAAAAGGAUCACGAUUACCGAUCCUACGCGAAUGCGCCCCAGCACGUAGUACGUUUCUACCACGAAAAUCACCUCAAGCAGACCUACUCUUUUGCCCUCGCCCAGAAGCUCAAAUAUGGUGCUCUUGAUAGCGGCUUUGAGAUGGGCAUCUGGGAGGCAGCCGAGCUGCUGAACGAGCUCGUAGAUGAGUCUGAUCCUGAUACUAACGUUACUCACCCAUGGCCAUCGUCUCUCCUGUCAGAGGCGCUGCGAGUGGCGUAUCCGGGCGAGGAGUACGACUGGCUCCACCUGACGGGCUUCAUUCACGACCUGGGCAAGGUGUUGGGUCACCCCAAGAUGUUCAACCAGCCACAGUGGGCCGUGGUGGGAGACACUUUCCCCACGGGCUGUGCCUACGCCUCCGACAUCAUCUUCUCCGAGUUCUUCCUUGAGAACGCCGACGCCAACCACCCGGUCUACUCCACCAAGUACGGCGUGUAUGAGCCCAACUGCGGUCUGGACAAUGUGGUGAUGUCGUGGGGCCACGACGAGUACAUGUACCAGGUGUGUGUGGGCAACAACUGCACCCUCCCCGCUCCUGCCCUCCACAUCAUCCGAUUCCACUCUUUCUACGCGCACCACUCCAAGGAGGCGUACACCCACCUCAUGAACGAGCAUGACCGCGAGAUGCUUGUCUGGCUUCGGGCAUUCCAAAAGUGUGACCUGUACAGCAAAGUGGACGAGGUGAUCGACGUUGAUAAGCUGAAGGGUUACUACCUGAAGGCCAUCGCCAAGUACUUCCCCAAGACUCUCAAGUGGUGA